AUGCCUGCAGAUAUCCGUAGCUUUUUCGGUGGAAAGCCGUCUUCUGCGACUCCUCCGGCAAAGGAAGAGAAGAAGGCUCCUGCCAAAAAGGGAAGAGCUAGAAAGGUUGUUGACGACAGCGACGACGAGCCAGAGUUCUGUAAGCGUGUCUGCCUGAUUUCGCUGCCUGUUCCUUCCCCAAUUGACAUGCUUCUCAGAAAACGCGAGCCGUCACCACAAGGCGAAGAAACCACAACUGCCGCCUACUUCGCCACAAAGAACAAACCCAAGCCAGCAGCUGCCACAACCAAAUCUACCGCUACCACAAAGUCGCCCGCCAAACCUGCCCCUUCCACAAAAUCACCAGCCAAGCCUGUCAAGUCAGAAAACUCCCCUCCGCCUUCUACAGAUGACUUGAAUCCCGAAGACUUCCCUGACGACGACUUUGACGACGCUUUCACGACCGAGUACAAGAGAGAAAAUCCCCCCGCAGAGCAGCCCACCGACAUGCCUCCCAAGAAGCGUGCUGCCGCCACCAAGGCCAAGAAAGUCAAAGACGAAGACUACGACGUUGAAAUGGAAGACACCAACGCCGAUGAUGACUUUGUCAUUCCAGACGAGCAUGACGACAUGGAGAUUGAGAAACCUACCAAAGCAAAACCAAAGCCCAAGGCCAGCACAAAGAGAAAGUCCAAGGAUCUAGACACCGACGAGGAAGAGAAGCCCAAGCCGAAGAAACCUCGUGCUGCGCCCAAGAAGAAGGAGAAGGACCCUCCUGUUGAAGACCCUGCAGAACUCAAAGCCAUUCUCGAUGACAUUCCCUUGAUCCAGGCUCCUGACCCUCCCAGUGACAACGAAGGAGCGGACAAGCCCAAGUGGUAUAACAGACCCAAGGACAGUAAUCCCGCCCCUGGAGCCGGUAGUCUCGAUAUUCCUGACGGCGCUGACAACUGCCUUGCUGGUCUGACUUUUGUCUUUACUGGUCAGCUCACCUACCUGUCCAGAGAAGACGGCCAGAAUCUGGUCAAGCGUUACGGUGGCAAGUGCACAACUGCCCCAAGCAAGAAGACUGAUUACGUUGUCCUUGGCGCCGAAGCUGGUCCCAAAAAGCUCGCAACCAUCAAACAGUUCGGCAUCAAGACCAUCAACGAAGAGGGCCUCUGCGCUCUCAUCGCAAAGCUCCCAGCCAACGGCGGCAAUAGUGUAGCCGGCGCAAAGUUUGCAGAGCAACAGAAGAAGGAAGCUGGGAAGAUCAGGAAAGAGGCCGAGGAACUCGAGAGAGUCGAACGUGAAAAGGCUGCUGCUGGCCCUGUGGCCCAACCUAAGGGCAUCGCUGCCGAUGGUACUGACAACAGACUGUGGACCGUCAAGUAUGCCCCCACCCAACUUGGUCAGAUUUGUGGCAACAAAGGCCAGGUGGAGAAACUCGGCACCUGGUUGCGCAACUUUCACAAGAACGCUCGCAAAGACUUCAAACUGGCUGGCAAAGAUGGCAGUGGUACCUACAGAGCUGUCAUGAUCCACGGUCCUCCUGGUAUUGGCAAGACUACUGCAGCACAUCUCGUCGCAAAACUCGAAGGUUUCGAUAUCGUCGAAAGCAAUGCCAGUGACACUCGCAGCAAGAAGUUGGUCGAGAACGGCCUUAAGGGAGUUUUGAGUACCACUUCCCUCAAUGGCUACUUCGCCUCUGGAGAGGUCGACACAAACAAGAAGAAGAUGUGCUUGAUCAUGGAUGAGGUGGAUGGUAUGUCCGCUGGUGAUCGUGGUGGUGUCGGUGCUCUCGCUGCUGUCUGCAAGAAGACUCAAGUUCCCAUGAUCCUCAUCUGCAACGACCGCAAGCUGCCCAAGAUGAAGCCUUUCGACUUUGUCACAUUCGAUCUGCCUUUCCGCCGCCCAACAAACGACAUGAUUCGUGCUCGUAUCGCAACUAUUGCCCACCGCGAAGGUCUCAAGAUGCCUCCAAACGUUAUGAACGCUUUGAUUGAAGGUACAGGAGCAGAUAUUCGCCAGGUAGUCAACAUGAUCUCUACUGCAAAGCUUGACCAAUCUGCCAUGGACUUUAACAAGGGCAAGGAGAUGUCAAAGGCUUGGGAGAAGCAUGUUGUCUUGAAGCCAUGGGACAUCACCAGCAAAAUCCUUGGUGGAGGCAUGUUCCAAGCAGCCAGCAAAUCUACGCUCAACGACAAGAUUGAGCUUUACUUCAACGACCACGAAUUCAGUCCUCUCAUGUUGCAAGAGAAUUAUCUCGGCACGAAGCCAAUUCUGGCUGCAGAUGCUCCCAACGCAAAGAUGGCCAACCUCGAGACACUCAAGCUAUCCAGUCAAGCGGCGGACAGUAUCUCAGACGGUGAUCUCGUCGACAGAAUGGUUCACGGCUCUCAGCAGCAGUGGAGCUUGAUGCCUACACACGCCAUCAUGAGUUUUGUUCGUCCAGCUUCCUUUGUUGCAGGCUCUCAGGCUGGUUCUCAGACCCGCUUCACCACAUGGUUGGGCAAGAACAGCUCUUACGGCAAGCUCAGCCGUCAAGUCAAGGAGAUUCAAGGUCACAUGCGCUUGCGUACAUCCGGCGACAGACACGAAAUCAGACAGCAGUACAUGCCUACUCUUUGGCAGAAUCUUGUCAAGAAGCUGGAGUCUGAAGGCAAAGAAGCAGUGCCUGAAGUUAUUGAGCUUAUGGAUCAGUACUUCCUCACCAAGGAUGAUUUCGAUGCCAUCUUGGAGCUCGGCGUAGGACCCAUGAAGCAAGAGGAUGUCAAGUUGGAGUCACAGACCAAGGCCACCUUCACGAGGAUGUACAAUGCACAAUCUCACCCUCUGCCAUUCAUGAAAGCCUCCAGCGUCGUCAACCCUUCCAAGAAGAUCGCAAAAGAAAAGCCCGAUCUCGAAGAAGCCAUGGACGACUCUGAAGACGAAGCACUUCUCAAAGACGCAGCUGAAGACGAUGCUGAGGAAGAAGAAGACAUGGACAUCUCAAAGGACAAGUACGUCGCAAAGCCCAAGAAGAAGAAGGCACCCGCCAAGGCAGCUGCAAAGGGCAAGGGCAAGAAGAAGGCAGACAGUGGAGAUGAAGAUGACGAGGAAGAGGAGAAACCAAAGCCUGCUGCUAGAAAGAAGGCGCCAGCCAAGCCCAGGGCUAAAAAGUGA